AUGUCACUUCUUCGUGUCACACAGUUUCUGACGGCGGAUGGCAAAGUGCAGAUCGAUGUGACGAACACCAGCGGACGGACACAGUACCCACCGUCGCAGGACCCACCGGACUCGCUGCAGCCAACCCGCAGUAAGCUCCAUCGUGCUCGUGCCAUCCCCGACCGCAAUGAGCCGUGCUCACUAAUCGUGUCGCUGCGCUCAUCGCACCCGCAAUUCUUCUAUUACCGGGGGCCGAAUCACAAGCAGCAGACCUUCUCCACGUCGGCCGCCUCACACCUGUACGCGCCGCCUCCAGGAAGCGCCGCCAACGCCGGAGGUGUUGGCAGUUGUGGAAACAACAACAAGCAUCAACGCGGUCCAUCUUCGCUGUGGGGUCCCAGAACUGUUGACCCGGUCAUCGAGGACGUGUCACGGCAGGCCUGGAAAGACUUUGGAUUUCCUCCCAUCGCGGCCCCGGCUGCGGAGACAGUGAAGUCAUCAGCAGCACCAGAUUCAACCUCGUCAGUGGUGAGCAAGAGCAGUAACGGAGGCGGCGGCGAUGAUCGGCCGCUCCUGGUGCGCGAAGAACUCGCGGACUGCGUCUUGCUACCCGGGGAGCGGCGCACCUUCUUGUUGGAAGUGGACACCCCGUCCGUCCUGCAGCGGCUCAUGGCGCCGCUCGUGCAGCAAAAAGCGCGCAUCACAUGCGUUCCAGCGCUGGGCGGGAAUGCAGUGGCGCAAGACUUCUACCCCCUGCCGGUCCUCCGCGGCUCGUCCACGCUGCUCGGCGGCCACAGCACGGACACCGGCAACAACCCGUGCCCGAGGACAGCGCGCACCGACGGCACGGAAGACGGCGCAGACAUUUCACUCAGCCAGCACACACCUCAUGCGACGGAGGUGUUCCACCCGAGUAGAUGUGACACUUCUAGCAUCGGCGGCGAGCCGAAUCCCACCUUGUUCCCGGCAGCCAGUCGCACUACCGCAAAAGACGCCAAGUCAGCUUUCGGUGACGGGCAGCAGCAGCAAACCCCGGGCAAGCGCAGCAAUGGCCCUCUCCAGUGCUCCGUAAGUAGAAGCGGCAGCAGCGAGAUUAGCGGCUGCGACAGCCACUCAUACGACUCUGUAGCCCAGCUGAACAAGACCCAGCACCCGACACGUCAGUGGACACUGCCGUGGGGCACCGACGACGAGGGUGACCGCAAAGGUGAAGCGGCAGGCCAGACACCAUCCAGGAACGGCCGGCGCAACCGACGAACAGGCGAGAAGCGUAGCAUGAGCGACGCUGAUGACGCCGAUGAACGCUCGCUGUCGCCACAGCCGCUCAGCAUCAUGAAGGACAGCAUGACCACCCGUGUGUCGCUGGACGCCUCACCUCUAUCCUCCGUCAACGCUCCGAGCGCCACUAGGCCCGGGCCAUCUGGCAGGACGGCACGUGACUCUCGACUCACCAGCCGCGACUUUACAGUGUCCACCUCCAUCAACACGACAGCACCCAGCACCCCUUUCCUCGCAAAGGCCGACAAGGAGGGUUCUGGAAAGCCGAAUGCGCAUCUGCACGUCGGCGCUGCGGAAAGUGGCGCCACGCACACACUCUACAAUGAUGUGAACGGGGAGGCCAAUCCGGCGAAUGCCAGCAAAGACCACGCGCAGCGCUGGUUGCCGCCCACCUCGACGUCUCAGCGCCCUACCUUUUAUGUCUACUACGCACCGCUUGGGGACGAGAACAAGUGUGUCGACCAGGCGCGCAAGUGGCUGCUGAAGGAGCAGCACGCGUACCGCCUGUGGCUCGACAAACUCCUUCGCAUUAUCGUCGAUCUGGAGCGGAAACGCGAGCAAGAGUGGAUACGGAGGGAUAAUAACUCCGUUCAGUCGCCGCAUCGGUCGCUCGGUGCUCGGCGUGUGCUGCCGCCUAUACUCGGGGAGCUUGUCCGGUGGCGCACCGACGAUGGCGGCAGCGGCGCCGUGAUGGACGUGAUGGCGCCGUCGCCCAUCACUGCCGCUGCCUUUCAGUACUACUACGGUAACCUCCCGCUCCAGAAAAUCGUCCAUCGGUCCCUCUCACAGCUAAGCGUUCGCGGUAGCAAAACCCGUUACCCAUGGAUGGGCGGCGGCAGCAGCAGCAGCAACGCUGGCGGUGGUCAGGACAAGGAGGCUGUUUUCGUGCUUCCGCCGUCCUUCGCCUCGACGCGGCACAACCGUGUCAGCGUGAAGGCGCGCAAAAUGUUCAAGGAGGAGCGUCACGGUGCCGGGACGGUGGUACUGCCGCUUCAGGUAAAACCCCAGUCCGCAACGCAGCCGUCGCCGAAGCCUGUCGUUGGCAACGCCGGUCCCGUCAGUGCGGCCACCGCCGCCCAGCCGUCCCCCUCGUCAUCGCAGACGUCCGAAGAAACGCACAACCUUUCACGCAAGUCGUCUGAGCCGCCGUACAGCAGAGUCUGGACGACGAUGUCGUCGCCGUGGCAGCUGCGCUCCUACCAGGCCACCUCACCGCUGCAUUACACAGUGGAGAACUCCUCCGAGCUGGGGGAGUACCGUGGCAGCAACACGCCCAUGAGUGAGAGCCCACGCAACGAAACGGGCUACGAGCGCCUUCGCUUCAAAUCCGGAUGUGGCCUGGCGCUCCUAGAGGACUCGGCUGCAACUCUGCCAACGUUUUCGCACAACUCUCUCGCAGAUGGGAUGUCCGCGCCUCCAUCGAAGACCGACAACACAGGGACUCUGGUGGACUCGAAGCAGAGCUUUCUCAGCCCUAGCAGCUCCAAGGUGAAUCGCACAGAAACACUUGACCCAGUCGCGGCGGAGAUGGCGGCCAUGGGCCUUCCUACCUCCCGCUGGUCGCCGCUUAGCGGCAACUACACCCAGAUGCAGCGCGGGUUCUCCGACUCGCCGCUGCAGCAGCCGCUGCGGCUGCCGUCCUCCCCCUCCACCAGGGACAUGGCCUCCCCGGAUAUCCGCAUCCCAACCAACAGCAGCACUGGACUGAGUGGUGUCCGUGCUGCCUCGCAGGGCGCAUCGCCGCUGAGCUACAACAAGCCGUCACCCCCCUCUAGUGGGGCUCCGGGCAACGCCCGCAGCGCCGACGACUCCGCGGCUACCAUGAGUGCUCCGACUGCCGCGGGACCCCCUGGGACCACCACCACCGGCAGCAGCAGCAACAACAACAGCAACAAUGGCGUCCUAAAGAAGUUCUCACUGGCGGAUUUUCAAGGGGCGAUCACAGACGGCGCUCGUUUGCCCGCCAGCACGGCAGGCAGUUUAGCAGCUCAGCUAUUUCAAUCUAUCUGCGGCUACGGCGGCAGUGCCAAGUCGGACGCCGAUGAGGAAGGCAACGCGGCGCCUCACAUGCGCGACAUCUCCUCUGCGCCACCGCAGACGCUGGCGUAUCGCCGUCGCAACGCCGUCGUUUCGAACAGCAGCGGCUUCUCCGGGAGCAUGUUCGGCAGCAGCUUCUCGAUGCGUUCCCAGGAGAGACUGAGCCGAAUAGCUGAUCAGUCAAUGGCGACAGGAAGUCAGGUGAAGGUUGCAGUGCAGCAGUUGACGGCGACGGCGUCCGACCUUGUGCAGCAGCACGGCCCGCCUGCCAUGAGCGGGCUCAUGAGCCUUCUGAGCUUCCUAAAGGACACUGUCUUCACCCCUGAGAACGUGGACAUGAUCCAAAUGGUGGUGACGCCGAUGGUGAUGGCCUGCUCCGUGCUUGUGGUUGUCUACCUCAUCUUCAGCGGCGAGGGCAGCGGCGGCGAUGUCUUCUCGCUGAUAGACAGCAGGGGCCUGUGA